UUUAAUUAUCUUUACCCCUAUCUGUACCCCUCUGAGAAUCCUAAUGUCCUUUUUGAAAGGAAAUAAAGUAUUCCAUUUAUUCAGAUUUUUGUCUUUUAUAGAAAAACUCCAAGAUGUUCCAUUUGUUCUUCACUUUCAUCUCUCUGCUGACAAAGACAAACAUGAGGAAAUAUAUCAGGCAUAUUUGUGGCUCCAUAUGAAAGCGACAUUUCGCAAUAAGAUUACCAUUUCAGUGACUAGUAAGCACCAUCCAGAUGACCUGUCAGUAGAAGGAGAAACAGUCAACAUGAAAGUUUUCAAAGGAGGGUGGUUUAGGGUAUAUCUGCCCAUGCUCACAGGUAAAGCUUUAUCAGUGGGAGAAGAAAAUAUAUACCUGGAACUGAAGUGUCGGGACUGCCAGAAUCUAUUUAUGAUGGAUAACAUCAUUCAUGACCGUCGCCCAUUCCUUGCCCUAAAAGUGCGCAAUAAACAAGAGGAAUCUCGAACUCGGAGACACGUGACUGAAUGCACUGGUGACAUAGAUAUUUGUUGUCGCAAAAGGUUUUAUAUUUCUUUUAAAGAUAUAGGCUGGAGUGACUGGAUCAUUAGCCCAAAGGGGUACAUUAUGAACCUUUGUGAAGGAAGGUGUCCUGUCCACCUAGGCAGGGCACCGGGGAUUUCAGCAUCUAGUCAUACUGCUGUUUUCAGUCUCAUAAAGGCAAACAACAUAUAUUCCAAUCUCAGCCUUUGUUGUGUGCCAACAAAGCGAAGAAGUCUAUCCAUUCUCUACUAUGAUGUAAAUAACACUAUUGUCAAGGCAGACGUUCCUGAUAUGAUAGUGGAGAGCUGUGGUUGUACCUAAUAACUACCCCAGUCUGUGCUUUCUCAUGAGAACUUAAAAAUAUCAAAAUGCUUGCUAAAUCUGUCUUUUCUGCUGGAUAGCCCAAUUACAUUAUUGUACCUAUAUGGUGAAGAAAAAGAAACAACAGUAGCUAAAUAUGGUUUUAAAUUGUGCCAGUAAAAUAAUUGUUGGUAAAGAUGGACCCUUAUAAAACAAUAUUUAGUUUGGAAAUGAUUGUAAAUAAAACAUAAUUGCAUUAUUUUGUUUCUAUACAAA